AUGAUGACGACGUGCCGUCUGCUGUGCGCCCUGUUGGUGCUCGCCCUGUGCUGCUGCCCUUUCUUAUGCUUUGCGCAGGAUACGGCUGAUGAAAAUUCCGCCAAGGCGACCACAACGACGACUAUGCAGUCUCCGGACCCUAAAACGAGCCAUACACUUGGUGCUCAAGUUCAUUUAGGUGUCACAAUUUCAUCGUCCUCCUCAACAGAGGGAAUACAGGUGAAGGAACAGUCAGGGCCACCCGCACCACCAGUGACUAAGCCGGCUGAGAAGCCAGGAGAUGAUGCCGGAGCGGGAAAAAGUUUGACCGGUACGACAGGGUUACAAAGUGACACUAAUAAAUGUGCAAACCUCACAGAUAAGGAAGCCGAAGAUCCCGCAAAGACGACCACGACGAACAAACCUCCUGCCCAGACAACCACCACGACCACCACUGCGCCAGAGGCGCCAAGUACUACGUCUGCGGAGGCGCCAACUACGACGACCACCCGCGCACCGUCACUUCUUCACAGAAUCGACGGCAGCCUUAGCAGCUCUGCGUGGGUGUGUGCCCCGCUGCUGCUCGCCGCAUCCGCGCUGGUGUACACCGCUGUGGGCUGA